UAUUUAGCGACAGAUUUUUCAUGCACAGAAAUGUAUCUUUCGUCCUACUAUGCUACUGUUUGAUUUAUGUACACUUAAUUACGUUUUAGUGAAAGUUAUAUCAAAUUUUUGUUUAAUUAAAUCUACAUGGAAGUGCAAAAUAAAUAAAUAAAGAUUUAUCUAAGAGCUUACUUCAAGAUAACAUAUUGGUCAAUGACGCAGUACAGCUUUUGUUAAAAUAAUGCAGCAGCAGCUAAAUAAUUCAAACAGCACAUACAGAAAUGUCCCAGGAUCUCAAGAAGGCUUUCCUCGAGAUUCUAUGGGGACUAAUGGAGACCAGUACUUUAGUGCUACUUUUAAUGCAAUGGGUAUCCAAGACUUUCCUCCAUUUCAACGCGGACCACCACGCCCUAGGAGCAGCAUGGGGGCUCCAAACCCUUUACUAGUAAAGCAAUAUUCUUCUACAUCUGCAAUGGAUCAAAUGCCGGAUGAUUUUGCAGCAUUAAAUCUUGCUGUUGGGCCAUUGCACAAUAAAGCAAGUCUCAAUGAAUAUGAACCAAAGUCACCUGGAUUGCCACACAGUUCAAGCACUUCAUCCUUUGCCUCGUAUGCUUCCAUGUUUGGCCAAAACCCUACCACAUCUUCAUGGCCAUAUGUUUCAAGUACUGGGGCUCAGUCACCACAUAACCCUGGAAACCCUAUGUAUGGACCAAGUGCUCCAAAUGGGCCUGUCACUCCUAAAGCUUCCUCUCUGGGUCCAGUCUUUGGCCCGCCACAACAGAGUCCUGCUGUUUCAACUCCAAAUACAGUCAACUUAGGGCCCUCUAUGUUUGGUCCUGUGGCCACUUCUACCAAUCCCCCAUCCACAAAUGGUUUGGUUUAUACAUCUGCCAUUAGUCCUAUUCAUAGUCCUGGCAUCUCACCUGCAAGUUCUCCUUUAACCACUCGGCGCCUGCAGUCCCCAGUCACACAGCCUCUCAGGCAGUCAACCAUUCCCCAAAAGUCAGCUUCUUCCAGUCUAGUUCAGGAAAGUGUAGGAGGGACAACUUACUUUUAUCAUCCCGAUGAUUUUAAACCACAAAAUGAAGGUCCUCAGUUGAGUCUGCCGUCUUUCUGUGCAUACCCUGGCAUACCAUCUCAUGUUGUUCAUCUAAAGAUGAAAACUGCAGUUCCACAAUACUUCGCACCGGAUGAGCUCAAAAUGGACAUUCUUAACCGUCAUGUUUUAACUAUGACACAAGUAGAUCCAAAUUCACCCAAUGCAGCUGACUUGCCUACAGAAGUUGACAAAUAUCAGAACCUUUGUCCAUUGGAAAGGUUUGGAGCACCCAAACCUUCCCUGGGUAAUCUCCCAUCAACAACUUACAAAGCAGUGUGCACUAAAGAUGGCCUCUACUACUGCCUCAGGAGAAUACAUGGUUUCCGACUUCCUAACACCAAAGUAAACUCAAUUAUGGAGAGCUGGAAAAAGCUGUAUCACCCAAAUGUUGUCACUCUUAAAGAAGUUUUCACCACCAAAAAUUUCAAUGAUAAUUCCAUAGUAUUUGUGUAUGAUUACCACCCUGGAGCAGAGACCCUAAUGUCCCAGCAUUUCUCAUCACAUCCCCACAUCAAUGGCUUCAGCCACCACCAUCACCAUCAUCACCACCACUUUGCAAGAGAUGGGAAAAGUAUUGUUUAUUCAGACAGCAGCAAUCCACGCAGCAUGAAUAACAACUUACUUCCUGAAAGUCUUAUCUGGACCUACAUAGUACAGCUGAGCUCUGCUUUGCGUGCCAUCCAUGCUGCCAACUUAGCAGCAAGAUCAUUGGAUCCCAGUAGAAUAAUCGUUACAGGCAAAGCUAGAAUUCGUAUUAACUGCAUCGGAAUCCUUGACAUAAUUACACCUGAAAGUAGCAAUCCAACUAAUAUAAAUGCAUAUAAACAAGAUGACAUGACAGCCUUGGGAAGAAUAAUUUUAGCAUUAGCUUGCAAUAAUCUGAUGUGUUACCAGCGUGACAACAUCCAGUCAGCCAUUGAGUUGGUCCAGCGCAAUUAUUCUCCAGAUCUUAAAAAUCUCAUCUGCUACUUGCUGCAGAAUCCCACUCGAGUUCGUAAUGUGAAUGAUGUGAUGCCAAUGAUAGGUGCACGUUUUUUUACUCAGUUAGAUACAGCUAUGCUACGCAGUGAUAUUAUGGAACAUGAGCUGGCAAAGGAAAUAGAAAAUGGACGUCUCUUUCGUAUUAUGAUAAAAUUGGGAUCAAUCAAUGAAAGACCUGAAUACACUACAGAACCUUCCUGGGCAGAGACAGGAGACAGGUUUAUGCUGAAGCUCUUUCGUGACUACUUGUUUCAUCAAGUGGAUGAUAAUGGCUUACCUUGGAUUGACAUGGCUCAUGUCAUCCAAUGUUUAAACAAAUUUGAUGCUGGAACUCCUGAGAAAGUUCUCCUGGUGUCUAGGGAUGAAAACAGCAUGCUGGUUGUAUCAUACUCAGAACUAAAGAGGUGUUUCCAGUCCUGUUUCCAGGAGCUUGUGUCACAGCACACGCAAGUCACAACUACUUUUUCUUAGUCUGUGAACAGGCAAGCUAUUUAUUGAUGCGAUUUACUUGAUGCUAAGAUUUUCUUUUUCCAGUUCAGACUGAAGCAUGACCAGAAUAGCCACCGUUAGCUUUAUGUUUACCGAUUCUGCAUUCUGAAGGCAAAUAGCAAUAAAGCAAAUAUUUUAUGCCCCCAUUAAAUAAACAUAACAAAAAAAAAAUCAAAUUUUGCUACCCAGAUUUUUAUAAUCUUCCAAACCAAAUACUCAUAUACCUCAGUCCUAGCAUCCAAAAAAUGUGUCUGCUCCACAUUGAUUUCUGCUAUUGAUAUCCCUGUUGUAUCUUGGUGGCUGUGUGAUGGAUUGUUGCUGUUUGACUUCCAAUAACUUUUACUCUGUAAAUAAAUCUUUCUGGAAGAGAAUCUUUUAAAAUACGUGAUACUUAACAUGUUGAUUAAUUUCUCUUUCAAUGAGUCAUUGUUGUUUGUUUUAAUUAAUAUUUUUUUAAAAAUGUAAUCAUGAAAAUAAGGGCAAUUUAAUUUUAUCAUAUUUUAUGUAAUAGAAACAGUUUUUAAAGUAAGAACUGUUAUUGUACACUGUGAAAAUAUUGUUCGUAUUUUCAGUUAAAUCAAGAUACAUGUAUAACUAUAUAAUAACUGGAAUAGCUCUCAGUCAAGUGCUUUUAACUCCAUUUCCUCAUAGUUAAUCUUGAGUCCAUUUUUAAAAAAAAAGUUUUUAUUGGACAUUUAUAAAUUGACUGACUGAAAUUUAGAAUCUUGUAUUGUAUGCUUUUAAAACUAGAUUGGGGGACAUUUUUUUGCCACUUAAUACAAUCUGGGAUUGUUCUGGUAAUAUUUGCCAGAUUUGUCUUAUUAAAGAUUGCUUGCUGCUAUCAUUAUGAUAAAAAUAUAUAUGUAAUGCUCAUCUCUCUUAUUUUUAUUUGGUAAAAUAACUUUGUUAUAAUUCAUUUUACUACUCGUCAAUGCAUUUUAUGCCUAUUAGUUUUUCUUUUAAAUCAGUUUUUUUAGAUGUACUUUAAUUUUAAAAAAUAACAGAAUGUCUUUUAUAUACUUAUGUGGGCAAGCCAAUUAACUAAAAUUGCUAUGUUUUCUGUCAAAAUUACUACAAAUAGCUGGUUAAAAUCCAUUUAAGUGAGUUAUAGUAAUGUUUUAAAAUAAUUUUAUUACAGAAAUAAAUUUUUCUUACUUUUUAAUAACUUUCAUUUGCAUUAACAGCAUUAUCAAUGCUUCUUUAGUAAGUUACACCGUACACCUUUUUAUUUAAAAUAAAAGGGGGACCAACAUUUAUAUUCUGCAAUGACACUUAGUGUUGAUGGGAUGUUUAUAGUUAAAUAGUAUAAUUUAACAUUAAAAUUUAAAAAAUAAAAAUUAUAGCUUUAAAUAUCCUUUUUAAAAUGCAGUAUCAUCCUAAUAAACUACUAGUCAUUUUCAUUAAUUUCUCAGGAGAAAAGUCUUAAAAUUUCUGUAUACCAUUUUCAUAUCAGACAUUUUUCAAAACAUUUUUAUUAAUCAACCACUUUGGUCCAGAAAUAUGUUAAUAGAAUAUUAUAAGUUUAGCCAUAUUUUCUUUCCUUUUCUUUAUCAGUUCAUCAUCUGUGGUGUAUAUUAGUGUAAAUACUGUCUAUAAAUGCUGUAUACAUUUGACUGGGUGGCUUUGCCUGUACAGCACGCCAUGAUUAAAGACAGAAUCUCAUUUUUAUGCAAAGUAAAUUCUGCAAUUAGAGAAACCUAAUUAUAUUUUUGAAAAUUUGCAAUUUUUUUCUAUCUUCACAUAUAAAACAGUCAUGCAUUAUUGCAGUCAAAGCACAAUUUUUUAAUGGUUUCCUAGUAUUUUUAUAGUAAAUAGAGGAGGGAUGAAAUUUGAUCUUUUGCAAAGCAGCCACAGCUUGGCGUAAAGUCAGUUUGAUACAGGUGGAAGGCCUAGUUCAUUUGUUUAUCAUUUUUUUGCAUGUGACAUGUAAAAUGUACAUAUUCUAGACACUAACAUUGAAUGUUCUGCCCUAUUAUGAAAGCUAGUUAUUUACCACAAACAAAAACCUGAAAAUCAAAUGCUGUUUGCAGUACAAUUUUUUAAAAUACAUCUGCUAAUGUGAUCAUGUCAUUUAGUGUCAGUGUAGAAAAAUCUAUUCAACUAUUUAUAGCCUAUUUAUUUUAUAUAUUACUUGUGGUCUGUUUUAAUUUUAAAAAAAUAUCUCAUGAUGUUUUAACCCAAACAUUUUUAAAUGUGUAAAAUAGUUUUUAAAAAAGCAUUUGAUAUAUUCACUAUUUAAAAAAAAUGAAAUGAUCUUUUUGUAUAAACAUCUAUAACUACAUUUCCGUGAAAUGAUUGCUAGUUUUUUCAUCAUUAUUACAAAAGAUAGUAAAUUCACCAAUUAUAUUAAUCACAUUAAGUUUAUAGUUUUUUUAACUUAUGGAGAGCAGCAUUACUUUGCAUACCUUCCCAAUCAGCUCCUACACCUGUUUUAAGGAUAAAAUUUCUUACAUUGUCAUUGUAUGACUAUAAGACAAACAGUGUGAUAUCUUUUAACUAAGAUCUUUAUUGUGUAACACCAUGAGGACUAACUUGUGUUCAAAACUGUUUUACUCUAGUUAUUAUUUUGAGUGAGGUACAUCUUUUAAAAAAAAAUCUUUAUAUAAAAAACUGUGUCACAAUUCACUCAGUAUUUUAUAAGUUCAUUGUUUUAAUAUACAUUCUUAUAAAGAUGUCUUGAAUAGUUUUAAUAUUCUUAUUUCAGAUACGUUAUUUUGUUUAGAGUGUUGAUUUUGAUCACAGAAUGGUAGAUUUUUUAAAUAAUGAAAGAUAUAUAUAUAUCUUAUUUUAACUUUAUUUUACUUUUAGUAAAAUUAUUUUUUCAGCAAUGUUGCAGUUUGUGAAAAUAUUUACAAAUAUUAUUUAAAGUGGUAUUUACAAUUUUCUUUUUGUAAACUGCUUUAAUCUUAAAAUCCCAUUCAAUUAUUUUACCAGCAAAUCUCUUGAAAACUUUAGAUUGUUUAUACAUUUUAGUAAUUAGAUGACAAAACUGAUUUUAAAGUAUGGAGUGAGAUAUCACACGAGAACUGUAUUGAUGAAUUCUGUUUCUAUGUUCCCGGCAGCUCUGUACAUUCUUAAUAUAUGAUGGUUUAUAUGUUUCGUCCAAUGUUCAUUGUGCCUAACACAAGUAAUGUCAUGCUGUUUUGGGGUACAGUAAUCAUCCUGAUCUUUACUAAUCAUAUUAAAAAUACACAAGAUAAGCUUUUUUCAUCAGGACUCAUUAGUUUUUAUAUAAAUUUUCUGGUUCCGGAGGUAUGGAAUGUUAGUGCAUGUGUUAAAGGUAUUCCAAUCAUGAGAGGGUUAAGUUCUUUGAAAUUGUUUUGCUUAAAUUAGAAAGAUCUUAAUUUUUAUUAUCGAGGUCUUAAGGAUCUAUAUUUGUCAUAAGAUUCUUUGUAGCAGAAAUUUUAUUGUGCUGUCUGUAGGAUCAAUAUUUUUCUGUGUUUGAAAGUUGUUUUUAAAAAAAGAAAUGUGUUCAUAUACAUUUUUUUUGUUAAAAUGGGUCUGAAAUUGAAUUUGUGUGCCGCAGGGUUUUAUUGAAAUGCUUGGAGGUGUUCUCCCACCCAAUUGUUCUGUGUUGAUAUGUACAUAGGUGGCUCUGAUUCAGCCAUAACCAUGUAAUGUUACUUCAUGUCUUUGACUUGUUAUUGUAAAUAUGGAAUUAUAAUGAGCCUGACAAUAUUUUUAUGAAGAAAUAAAAAAACAU